AUGCUGAGUGCAGCAGAAGGUGCCCUCCUUUCCCUUGCAACUACUCAGAUUGUGCUGGGAGCUUUAGGGAACUCACUCAUUGCACUUGCGAACUGCACGGACUGGGCCAAGAAGAAGAAGUUCUCUAAGACUGGCUUCCUUCUCACUGGCUUGGCGACUUCUAGGAUUUUUAUUAUAUGGAUAAUAACUUUAGAUGCAUAUUUAAAGGUAUUCUUUCCAAGUAUGCGUAGGUCUAGAGGUCUAAUUGAAAGCAUCACUUACAUAUGGCUAACUGUGAAUCACCUGAGUGUCUGGUUUGCUGCCAGCCUCAGCAUCUUCUAUUUCUUGAAAAUAGCAAAUUUUUCCCACUAUGUAUUUCUCUGGUUGAGGAAAAGAGCUGAUAAAUUUUUUUACUUUCUAAUGGGGUACUUGCUAAUCUCAUGGCUAAUCUCCUUCUCAAUCACUGUGAAGGCAAUGAAGAAUAAUAAAAUGAAGUAUAGAAACAGAACCUGGGAGAUCAACCAAGAGACAAGAAAAUCAAUUAUUAACUAUGUUUUAGUCAAUAUUGGAAUCAUUUCUCUCUUUGUGAUGACCCUAACUGCAUGUUUCCUGUUAAUUAUUUCACUUUGGAGACACAGAAGACGGAUGCAAUCUCAUGUCUCAGAAUUCAGAGACCUCAACACAGAAGCUCAUGUGAAAGCCAUGAAAGUUUUGAUUUCUUUUAUUAUCCUUUACAUCUUUCAUUUUAUAGGUAUUUUAAUAGAAAUCAUCUGCGUAUUUAUCCCAAAAAACAACUUGCUACUUAUUUUUGGUUUGACAAUGUCAUCCACAUAUCCCUGCUGUCACUCAUUUAUUCUAAUUCUAACAAGCAAUCAGCUGAAGCAAGCUUCUGUGAGGGUACUGAAGAGAUUAACGUGCUGUGAGAAAGGAAAAGAUCUGAGAACCAUGUGA